AUGGCACCUCCAAACUUUGCUGACGUCGCCGCCUACGACCUCCUGCUGUUUGAGGACCUCCCCUACUAUAUCAUCAAGGUGCCUGUCAAUGAACACAUGUUGGACCGCACCUAUCACUUGCUCAUGGCGAUGCUCGUCCUCUUCGGCCUGGUGGCUUUCAUGGCCUUGCGGCCCUCGUCCACCUUCUUUGAGAACUGCGCUGGCUAA